GUGGGCAGGCAAUAAGGCUUGACAGAAGAUGCGACGGGGGCGGUGGCUUGUCAGAUGGCUGUGGACAGGAAUGGCAAUCCUCUCUUUGCUUACCCACAGCUGGGGCCAGGACACAGAAGACUGGCAGUAUGAGGAGUGUAAGCUGUCCCGGCCGGGUCCCCCUGCAACCAUAGUGACCAUUGAUGAGGAGAGCCCCAAUGGUACGGUUUUGGUGGAAAACAUGCAGAUUAAUGGCCGGGCCCAGGACCCGGGCAGAACCAUCUCGCUGACGCUACUUGACAACUAUGAUUACUGGGUUAUACUAGAACCAGCACGGCAGAGACUUUAUCUCAACAGCACUGGGCGCCAUCUGGACAGAGAUCCACCUAAUUACAUCACAACCAUUGUGGUCCAGGUCCAAUGCACCAAUGAGCUGGUUGGUACGGUUAUUUUACACGAAGUUCGAAUUGUUGUGAGGGACAAGAAUGACAACAGCCCCCAAUUUCAGCAGCCACGCUACUAUGUUUCAAUAAACGAGCUCACACCAGUUGGAACGACCAUUUUCACAGGCUUCUCAGGAAAUAAUGGUGCAACAGACAUUGAUGAUGGGCCAAAUGGACACAUAGAAUACAGCAUCCUUUACAAUCCCGAUGAUCCGGUAUCUAACACCACAGUAAGGGUUGGAAACACGCUUUCAGGACAUAUUCUUCUGGCUGAGAGGCUAAAUUAUGAGGACAAAACUCGCUACCUGGUAUUGGUCCAAGCCAGUGACCGUGCCCCAUACCCACCAAACAGACUAACAGCUACCACAACUCUGACCGUGGAUGUCUUAGAUGGUGAUGACCUGGGUCCGAUGUUUCUGCCUUGUAUUUUAGUGAACAACACCCGUGACUGCAACCCCCUCACCUACCGUGCUGCUAUCCCUGAAUUUACUGAACCGGUGAGAAGCACAUAGAGAGACAGCUGUCAA